AUGGCUAGCCCUACCAAACUGAUACCUCGUCACAAUGAUGGACAGCUUUCGAUGGCCUGGGAACUGGAGAAGACGAAGAAGAAAGAGGAGAGUUGUCCGGAUACCCUAACCAUUAUGGAGGAUCAAACGACCGAAUGGGAGAAUGACACAAUCAACAAAUGGACUAAGAAAGCACUAAGGCUCGUUCGGAAAGGAGUCAACAACAAAUUCCUGGAGGGUGUCAUGUUGCAUAAAAUGACUGUCGACCACCUCGUUCGUGGACACGAAGAUUCCCCCGAUAACCCUAGCCUCACUGCCCGGCAAUACAUGCGGAAGAAUAAGGGUCUCACUAUUGACGAAGCAUGUGCGAAAAUCAUCAGCCAGGCGUGGUACUACAGCCUAGAAAGCUUCCUUCGGGAGAAACCACACCAAGGAACUUGCGAAACAGAAAAGAAAGUUCUCUACUAUGGGAAGCCGGCUACCGAAGAAGGAUCGGCUGACCAGCAUUUGGCCCGCGUGGAUCCCCGUAAAAGGAGCUUGUCGGUAGGAGCAAGCCGAUAUGAAAGGGUAACUGAAUUCGAAGAACAUAGGUCACAGCGAAAGCAAUCCUCAAAAGUGCGUUCGUACAGCGGUGUACGGGUCAACACAAGACCAGGUGUUAUAAGCUUAAAGUAG